UUCUAUUCGAGCCAGAGCUGGGGGACGAAAGCGGCGGCGGCGGAGAGGAAAGACGAUACACAAAAAGGAGAGACGACGGAGAGUGACGAGGAGCAGAGAGGCAAGAUUGGAAGAAGUUAUGCAAGAUACCCAGCUCGUACCACGGGCUCAUUCUGACAUACGAUGUUUACACUUUCUUUGUUAUGUUUGUUUCGCUUCACCUUAUUGCGCUGUCUGGAAUAAAAUAGGCACCAAGGACCAGAAACCUCUUUCUCACUUUUCAUCACGGUCUUAUUGGCCGCACGUACCCUUUCCUACUGUACCCCUUACAUCUUCUAAUGUACAUGUUUUGAGGUGGCGGGUUUGACAAAGAGAAAUAGAGGGGAGCUGGGUGGAGGAGAGGAAGAAGACGAAGCCAAAACUUGAGGGGCGCCGAUGGCUAUCCCAAGACGGCAUGGAGCCAGUAACGAUACCAGAAGGCGACGGACGGGACGAGAGAUAGUAGGGCCGGGCCACGAGAAGUGGAAGCGUCCUGGGUAGUAGUCGGCCAAAGUAUUCACGUCCGGCGCUGUUGGUGCCUUUUGGCCGCCGCAGCUGCAAUAGAGUCUACAUUUUGACGGUUUUACCAUGAGUGUUAUGGCAAUGGAUUGGCCAGGGCCGAGAGCCAAUGUAUAAAGGACUGUGAGAUGAGAUGGGUUCUGCCGAUGGUUGUUGACAUCCAGAGAGAUCUAUGUGAGGAUCCGCUCUCGAUUACAUUGACAGCAUGGCAU